GCUUACAGUGUCUAGACCGGGAUUAGACAAUCGUGUCUACGCUACGGGUGACAGCUUGAAAGGCAAAGCCAUCUACUUUCAUACAGGUCAGUGGGCGGGAAGGAUUAUACGAGCUGAAUUACAUGAAUUGCAGCAUGCUGAGCUGGGAAGAAAAUAAAGGACUACUCGAUCCACCUCCUGUAGUUGCCCUUCAACUAUUCGAGGUCAGUAUGAUGGGCCAAGAAAAUGAGAUACUCACUGACGAAAACAUCGAUACGAUUGGUCUUCUCUGUGUCGCGGAGCUAAUACCAGUUGCUGAUCUCAGCAGUGGACAACAUGCUCUCCUGAUGGACUCUUCGUUACUCGAAGAACAUCCAGUACCUGAAUCAGAAAUUGCCCCGCUGGCCUCUAAUGCCCUCGUUGGGAUUAUGACAGUACGACCUCAUCUCAUCGAGUUUAAUGGUCGGAAGAAUUUACUUUUUGUAUUUUCUAACCUACAUGUCCUCAGUCUGGGCUUGUUCAGACUGCGAUACAAGCUCAUUGACUUGCCAUCUGCCACUCCAGGGGACCCAGAUACAAUUAUUCAAGCGCAAUGCACAGGUGGUGUGUUUCGUGUCUUCUCAGCAGAAGAUUUUCCUGGCCUGCAGCCGCUCACAAAUUUGACACAAAUACUUUCGACACAAAUCGGAUUAUCAUUGAAUAUCAAACGCGAGGACCUAAAGCGACGAAGAAGACAAAAAUGUCAUACAUAGUUUGUAAUAUAACAGCCAGAGAAAUUGUUUAUUCAUGUCUUGGGUAAGUAACGUGUAAUCGAUGUACCGAUUUCGAUUAUGCAGUCCUAUAUUGUAGUCAAUGUUACCAGAUUGUACUAGUGAACAGUAGUGAACAGUG